AAGACAACAUGCGCAAGUUAUUCUCGAAGUAGUAGCCGUACGAGUUGGUCGUGUUACUUAAAAAUACGAACUAUAUUCGCCUAUGCUUGGGAUACUACGUUUGUACCGAAGGAUUAAUACAGGCAGCAUCAGGGCGACAUAUAAUCAAUAAUAUCGAGUCAAUUAUCCUGUGAAUCUAGAAACUUUUUUCUUUAAAUAAGUUCCAAUUUAACAAUCGUCAUUUAUUUCGAAUCAAAAAGUGAGCAGCUAACAAAGUCGAAGGAAUUAUUGAAUACAUGGCAGAACCGUGGCAACCUCCACCUGGUCAAGGUUUGUAUGAUCCCAGUUUAGAAAAAGAGGCAUGUGGUGUAGGAUUUAUAGCAGCUAUAGAUGGUCAGCGGUCUUACAAAAUUGUGCAAGAUGCCCAGCGUCUGGCUAUUGCUAUGAACCACAGAGGAGCAUGCGCCUGUGAUAACGAUACUGGAGAUGGUGCUGGAGUUUUAACAGCCAUACCACACGAGUAUUAUUAUGCAAUUUUAAGAGAUGAGCAAAGUAUUACAAUUCCCGCAUUUGGAAAAUAUGCAACUGGCAUAUUCUUCCUGGAUAAAUUGCAUCAUCAAGAGUCCGAGAAAAAGUUCGAAGCUCUUGCAGACGAGCUUCAAAUGAAAGUUCUCGCGUGGCGGACAGUGCCUAUUAACAAUUCCACCAUUGGACAAGUUGCCAAAAAUUCCGAACCCUUUAUGCGCCAGGUAUUCAUUACAUUCAAAAAUGACGAUAAUUCUUUAACCGAAGAGCAAUUGGAUGUUCAAUUCUUCAUUCUUCGUAAAAGAGCGAGCCACACCAUUCCAGCGCCAGGAAGACGCUUCUAUAUCUGCUCCCUUAGUCGAAAGAUAAUUGUUUAUAAAGGUCAAUUAACAUCAGAACAAUUGUGGACCUACUUUGACGAUCUUAAAAACCCAUUGUACGAUACCUAUUUGGCUUUAGUACACACGAGAUUUUCGACAAAUACAUUUCCCAGUUGGGAGAGGGCUCAUCCUCUAAGAAUGAUUGCACAUAACGGGGAAAUUAACACAUUAAGAGGAAAUGUGAAUUACAUGAAAGCUAGAGAGGGUGUAAUGAAAAAUGAAGAAUUUGGAGACAAAUUGCAGACACUUUAUCCCGUAGUAGAGCCCAAUUUAUCUGACAGUGGUUCUGUUGAUUGUGUUCUAGAAUUCCUUGUGAGAGUUGGAAAAAGACCAUUACCAGAGGCAAUCAUGACAAUGGUCCCUGAAGCCUGGCAAAACGAUUUAACAAUGUCCCAGGAAAAAAGAGACUACUACCAUUGGGCAGCUUGCACUAUGGAGCCUUGGGAUGGUCCCGCUCUUAUUUCGUUUACUGAUGGUCGCUAUAUUGGGGCCAUUUUAGACAGGAACGGUUUAAGACCAUCAAGAUUUUACGUUUGCAAGGGAAAUAUUCUAGUAAUGGCAAGUGAAGUAGGAGUUUAUGAUGUUGACCCAGCCGAUGUAAUACACAAAAGCCGUCUGAAACCUGGACGUAUGUUAUUAAUUGAUACGCAAGAAAAGAAAUUCAUUCAAGACGUCGACAUCAAGAACCACAUAGCGCAAUCAAGAGAACAUUCCAAGUGGCUUAAGGAAAAGAUGAUCACAAUGGAAGAAUUACGCGAAGCCCACACAAAAGCAGGAUAUCCUGAAAAGCCCAAAUAUCAACCCAGUGGAUUGGCCGAUCCCCGCCUCUCCCUCUACGGAUAUACCACGGAAACAAUCCACAUGCUACUUUUGCCUAUGAUUAAUAACAAAAAAGAAGCCCUGGGGAGUAUGGGUAAUGAUGAACCAUUAGCUUGUCUUUCUGAAUUUGCCCCUUUGACAUACAACUAUUUUAAACAACUCUUUGCGCAAGUUACGAAUCCACCAAUCGAUCCCUUCAGAGAAAAAAACGUAAUGUCGUUACAGUGUCCCAUUGGACCCGAGGCCAAUAUUUUACAACCUAGUGCAAAUCAGGUUCAUCGGUUGUGGUUGAAGCAACCUAUUCUUUCCAUCGCGGAUAUUGAUGUGUUGAAAAAGACUGCUCACAGGGGUUGGUGUUCUUACACAAUCGACGCAACUUUCCCUGCAUCCGACUGUCCAAAAGGACUUACUCCACGACUCAAUGCUAUUUGUGAAGAAGCUGAGAAAGCCAGUUGGAAUCAUCAAAUAAUUAUAAUAUCCGACCGAAAUGCUGGUGCGGAUAGAAUUCCAAUUAGCAGUUUGCUUGCACUUGGGGCAAUUCACCACCACUUAAUCGAAACACGUGCCAGAAUGAAGGUGGCUCUAAUUAUCGAAAGUGGAGAAGCUCGAGAAGUACAUCAUAUUUGUGUACUUCUGGGCUACGGCGCUGAUGCUAUCUGUCCUUACCUAGCCAUGGAACUAGCAGCUAGUCUUAGAGAUCAGGGAAUUCUCGACUGUUCCUUAACGGAUGAAGUCAUUUACCAAAACUAUGCCCAAGCCAUGCAAACAGGCAUCAAUAAAGUAAUGGCCAAAAUGGGAAUAUCCACGUUACAGUCAUAUAAAGGAGCCCAAAUUUUCGAGGCUGUCGGUCUUGCAGAGGAGGUCAUAGAAAAAUGUUUCAAAGGAACUCCAUCACGGAUUGGCGGUGUCACUCUAGAACUUUUAGCUGGAGAAUCGUUUCAAAGACACCACAAUACUUACUGUUUAAAUGUCGAUAGCUACGUGCUCAGAGAUCCUGGCAAUUAUCAUUGGAGAGCCGGUGGAGAAAAGCAUAUUAACGACCCAGCUAGCAUUGCAGCAUUACAGGAAGCAGCAACAUUAAACAAUAAAACCGCAUACGAGAAAUUCAAAGAAGCUACAAUGGAAUCGGUUAAGAAUUGCAUGUUGCGUGGACGAUUGCAAUUACGAACCUUAGAUCAGCCACUUUCGUUAGACGAAAUAGAGUCUGCAGCAGAAAUAGUGAAACGUUUUGCUACUGGUGCUAUGAGUUUUGGUUCCAUUAGCAUUGAAGCUCACGAAACAUUAGCAAUUGCGAUGAAUAAGGUUGGCGGUAAAAGUAAUACUGGUGAAGGAGGUGAAGACGAAGAGCGUUACUUAAACCCCAAAAGACGAUCUGCGAUUAAACAGGUUGCCUCAGGAAGAUUUGGUGUCACUUCGUCCUAUUUAGCCCACUCUGACGACUUACAGAUUAAAAUGGCUCAAGGUGCUAAACCUGGAGAAGGAGGAGAAUUACCAGGUUACAAGGUAUCUCCGGAUAUAGCAAAGACACGUCAUUCUAUUCCAGGGGUGGGUCUGAUCUCACCACCUCCCCACCACGACAUCUAUUCCAUCGAAGAUUUGGCUGAGCUGAUUUAUGACUUGAAAUGUGCUAAUCCUGACGCUAGAAUAUCCGUGAAACUUGUAUCUGAGGUUGGAGUAGGAGUUGUGGCCUCAGGGGUAGCCAAAGGUAAAGCAGAGCACAUAACAGUAUCUGGACACGAUGGAGGCACAGGUGCCAGCUCAUGGACAGGUAUUAAACAUUCAGGACUUCCAUGGGAACUUGGAAUUGCCGAGACACACCAAGUUUUAACUCUUAACAACUUAAGAUCUCGAGUUGUUUUGCAAGCUGAUGGACAAAUUAGAACAGGCUUCGACGUUGUUAUAGCAGCUUUACUAGGAGCAGACGAGAUUGGUUUCAGUACAGCUCCUCUCAUUGUAAUAGGUUGCACAAUGAUGCGAAAGUGCCACUUAAAUACCUGCCCUGUUGGAGUUGCUACUCAAGAUCCAAUUCUUCGCAAAAAAUUCAAAGGGGCUCCUGAACAUGUAAUAAACUAUUUAUUUAUGCUUGCAGAGGAGGUCAGACAACAUAUGGCGUCUUUAGGGGUUCGCAAAUUUCAAGAGCUCAUAGGUCGAACUGACCUAUUGAAAGUAUCUGAUCAAGGAUUACCAAAAGCUAAGUUACUUAACUUAAGCCUGAUAUUACAAAAUGCAUUGCAUAUGAGACCUGGUGUGAACAUCGUCGGGGGUUCUGUAAGUCAAGAUUUCCAACUAGAACAACGACUAGACAAUCAAUUAAUUGAAAAGUCAAAAGGUGUAAUUGAUGGUAUCGAGAAAGAGAUUACAAUUGAAAUGAACAUCCAUAAUGAGUGCAGAGCUUUCGGAUCGACAUUAAGCUAUCAUAUUUCAAAGAAAUACCAUGAAGAGGGAUUACCAGAAGGACAGAAAAUUAAUAUAUUUUUAAAAGGUUCUGCAGGUCAAAGCUUUUGCGCCUUUUUGACAAAAGGAAUAACAUGCACUUUAGAAGGUGAUGCUAACGAUUAUGUGGGCAAAGGUCUAUCAGGUGCUACGAUAAUUAUCUAUCCACCAAAAACAUCUCAGUUCGAAUCACACCUUAAUGUCAUAGCAGGUAACGUAUGUCUUUAUGGAGCAACAAGUGGCCGAGUUUAUAUGCGAGGAAUUGCUUCUGAACGCUUUGCUGUUCGAAACUCUGGAGCCAUUGCAGUUGUUGAAGGUGUAGGCGAUCACGGAUGUGAAUACAUGACAGGCGGAAUUGUACUUAUUUUAGGUUUAACUGGAAGAAAUUUUGCGGCUGGUAUGUCGGGAGGUUUGGCAUUUGUAUGGGAUUUGGAUGGCUCAUUUCCAAACAAAUGCAAUAAAGAAAUGGUGGAGCUUUGUAAACUAGACGAGAGAGAAGACGUCGAAUUAGUCCGAAAGCUUUUACAUGAAUUCAGAGACUUAACCGGAAGCGUUAUCGCAGACCAGCUGAUUAAAGAAUUCCACCAGCGCAUUAAAGAAUUUGUUAAAGUCUUCCCGUAUGAAUACCAAAGGGUAAUUAAAGAAAAAGAAAACGCAGUUGAACAACUACAAAAGGUGCCAAAUGGUGAACCGAAGAUUCAAGACAUCGAAGAUUCUGUUGCCGAUAUAACUUUAGAACAAAAGAAAGCAGAACGCGCAUUAGACAAAAUAAGAGGUUUUAUGAAAUAUCCUCGCGAGACAAGUGUUUAUAGGCCUCCUGAGAAACGAAUGAAAGACUGGGAUGAAAUUUAUAAUUUCCCUCACGUACGUAAAGGCUUAAGGGUUCAAGCAGCCCGAUGUAUGGAAUGUGGUGUUCCCUUCUGCCAAUCAAAUGUUCACGGCUGUCCUUUAGGAAAUAUCAUUCCUAAGUGGAACCUUCUUAUCUUCCAAAAUCAAUGGCGCCAAGCCUUAAACCAACUUUUGCAAACAAACAAUUUCCCAGAGUUUACUGGGCGUGUCUGUCCUGCUCCAUGUGAAGCUGCUUGCGUGCUAGGUAUUUCCGAACCUAGUGUAACGAUCAAAAACAUCGAAUGCUCUAUUAUAGAUCAUGCCUUCGAACAAGGUUGGAUAGUCCCACAAAUACCUCCCAUUAGAACGGGAAAACACGUGGCCGUUGUAGGAAGUGGACCUUCCGGAUUAGCUUGUGCACAACAGCUUAAUAAAGCUGGUCAUAAUGUUACUGUAUUUGAAAGAAAUGAUAGAAUUGGAGGACUCCUUCAGUAUGGCAUUCCAACCAUGAAGCUUAGCAAAACCGUUGUUCAAAGAAGAGUUGACCUUUUAGCAGCCGAAGGUAUUACAUUUAAAAUAAAUGUAAACGUUGGCAAGGAUAUCAGUGCCAAAGAAUUAUCUGAAGAUUUUGAUGCUGUGGUCCUUUGUACAGGAGCGACGUGGCCUAGGGAUCUACCCUUACCAGGUCGUCAAUUAGGAGGAAUUCAUUUUGCCAUGGAAUUCCUAGAAAGCUGGCAAGCCAAACAGUUGGGUGGUAACAAGCCAGGUCCAUUGGCCAAAGAUAAACAUGUGAUUAUAAUAGGAGGGGGUGACACUGGUUGUGACUGUAUUGCAACAUCCUUAAGGCAAGGUGCUGCUUCGAUUACAACAUUCGAAAUUUUACCAGAGCCAGGACCACAAAGAAGCAAGGAUAAUCCAUGGCCACAGUGGCCUAGAAUCUUUAAAUUAGACUACGGCCACGAAGAGGUAAAAGUCCGUUUUGGCAAAGAUCCUCGUAUUUUUAAUAUCAUGACAAAAGAAUUCAUUGACAAUGGGCAUGGUCAUAUUGAAGGAGUUCGUACAGUAUUAGUUGACUGGAAGAAAGACGAAUCUGGUCGUUGGCAAAUGGAAGAGAGACCUAAUUCUGAAAAAGUUUACAAAGCAGACCUGGUACUUCUCGCAAUGGGUUUUCUAGGUCCGGAAAGACAAAUAGCUGAUCAAUUAGACCUAACAUUAGAUGCAAGAUCAAAUUUCAAUUGCAAAGAUUACAGAACUAACAGGGAAAACGUCUUUGCAGCAGGAGAUUGUCGACGAGGCCAGUCCUUAGUUGUUUGGGCAAUUUCAGAGGGUCGACAAGCUGCUAGACAAGUGGAUGUUUACUUAAGCAAAGAAUCUGUAUUAUCAGGCGCAGGAGGGAUAAUCCAACCGAAUCAAAUAUCGCUGUUGUGCACAGUUUAAGCUGUAUUGAGACGUAGUUCAUCUUUUCUAAGCUGAUUGGUAGAUACUAAUUCUUUAUCGUUUUCAUUUAAUGGAAACGCCCACGGUAAUUCCCUUCUUACAAUUAGUUGUACAACGAAAGUAAUCCGCUUUAUAAUAGUUUUUACUUGGACAUUUAUUGCGUCGAUUUUUAACAUCUACUUAAUUAUUAUCUAAUUGUUUAUACUUAAAUCUUGUUUGUUGAAAACGAGCGUAUUUAUUAUUUGAAAUUCUCAUUGUUUGAGAAAUGGUUUGAUUAUAACUGUGGCUGGUACCAGUUGUAAGAUCAGAGCAAAUCGUUGAUGGCUUUUUGUUGUCCCUGUAUUAAACGUAAAGUUGACGAUAAAUUUGUCUCGGUCGGCGAAGUAGUUUUGUACUGAACUCCGACUCUCGACCGAAGCAACUUUUCCAAGACAAUAAUAAAUAAAACGCUACGUAAUGUGAUUUCUAGAUGUUGUUGAAGACUGUAAAAUCAAUUUUUUUCUUUAGAAGUACUGUUGAGAUAUUUAUGAAACGUAUUCGCACUUUAAAUAAAUUCGAAUCGUAUUAUACAAUAGUUGUUAAUAUACAAUAAAUGUUGCAAAUCAA